ACCGGGACACUGUUGCUCGCGUGGUCCUUGAACGAGGCGAAUCAUUGAACUUGCUCUUUUUUUUAAUUUCGGAGGAGGAAUUGUGCCGGUGUUGUAACUUAAAAAAAUAAGCAUUAUUGAGAGUUGGAAGAGUAGAAAUAUUAAUCUAAUAGAAGAUUAAGUAGAAGAUAGUAGUAGAUAGUUUUUAUUUAAAUAGUAUAAUAAGAGUAUUUCGUGUGAAUAUAUCUUCUUUCCUAUCUUGUUUCUCUCUCGAAGGAAAGAUUGUAAUAUUGGUUGUUGUCUAUUGUCUAAUUAUGAGUGGUUCUGGAAAAGGUCUUCUCGGGGUGUGGUUGUACAGAAGAGGCGACAACUGGGCCAUUAAAGAAGGAAGCCCCAUUCACAAGUCGAGUGAUAUCCCCAUGGUCGAGCGCAAAUCGAACAACGACAACAAGAACUCCGUCGUUUUUUCGUUGAAGAAUCAAAUCGGCGGCUUGGCACGAGCAUUGCAAGUUUUUCAGGAUUUGGGAGUGAAUGUGAUUCACAUCGAGUCACGGAAAUCGGUGCGCCGCGGCUCGGAAUACGAGAUCCUCGUCGAUGUCGAGUGCGAUUCGAAAAGGAUGGAACAGUUGACGAGAAUGUUGAGCCGAGAAGUUGCCGCAAUUAAUUUGGCGCAAUACGAGCAAAUGGGAAGUAUCCCUCACGCUCCAUCCCUUUCCGCAGCCCCAAGUUUCGAUUUCAGCGAGGUAGAUAUGCCAUGGUUCCCACGAAAAAUAUCGGAUCUAGAUCAGGCUCAAAACGUGCUCAUGUACGGAUCCGAAUUGGACGCAGAUCAUCCCGGCUUCAAAGAUCCGAUCUAUCGCAAACGUCGGGUACAAUUUGCGGAUAUAGCGAACAAUUACAGAUACGGCCAAGCGAUUCCUCGAGUUCAGUACACUCAGGAAGAGAUCAAGACAUGGGGAACCGUUUUUCGUGAAUUGCAUCAUCUUUAUCAGAAACACGCUUGCAACGAAUAUCUUGAGAAUUGGCCAAAAUUGGUGAAAUAUUGCGGUUAUAGAGAGGAUAAUAUACCACAGUUACAAGAUGUAAAUGUUUUCUUGAAACGCACCACUGGAUUUCAACUUCGACCGGUGGCUGGCUAUCUAUCACCGAGAGACUUUUUGGCUGGCCUCGCUUUCCGAGUAUUCCAUUGCACUCAGUACAUUCGACAUUCGUCCGAUCCCUUUUACACACCUGAACCAGAUUGCUGUCACGAAUUGUUGGGUCACAUGCCGCUACUAGCGAAUCCAAGUUUCGCCCAAUUCUCGCAAGAGCUUGGACUGGCUUCGCUCGGAGCCUCGGACGAGGAUAUCAAUAAAUUAGCAACUCUUUAUUUCUUUACUGUGGAAUUUGGAUUAUGUAAACAAGAUGGCAUACUUCGCGUUUAUGGCGCUGGUUUAUUAUCUUCCGUCGCGGAACUGAAACACGCGGUCUCCGUUCCCGAGAAAACUUUCCGAUUCGAUCCGGAGAUAACUUGCAAGCAAGAGUGUAUCAUCACUGCGUUCCAAAAUGCUUAUUACUAUACGGACAGUUUUGAGGAGGCGAAGGAGAAGAUGCGAGCAUUUGCGAACCAAAUACAACGGCCAUUUGGAUUACGUUAUAAUCCUUAUACGCAAUCGGUGGAAGUGUUGACGGAUGCUCAAAAGAUCACGGCAGUGGUGAGUGAGCUGAGAGGUGAUCUUUGCAUCGUUUCGAACGCCCUCAGGAAGAUACAAGAGCAGGAUGAUACGGUGGACAUUGAGAGAAUAACCAAUCUUUUAACUCAAGGAAUCGAAUUGCCUCAGGAUACUUCGUCUUCCGAUAGCGAUAUCGAUAAAAGUCCUAAUGUCGAGACACCGGAAAUAUCGGUACGAAGUCAGAAUAAUACGUAUUCCGAUGAUAAUAUAAUCAAUGCUCAAGAUUAAAAAUUUGUUUCAUAUGUAAUUGAAAUUUGACGUGCAUAGUGAAUUAUUGUUAGAAAAAUUGUUUCUUUUUCUUUCUAUAUAUAUAUAUGUUAUGUAUAGUCUGCGAAGAAAAUUAUUAAAAUUAGAUAAAUGUUUUAUUGAAAUGAAUGUAAAUCGCAUAAUAGAUUCUUUAUGCUUGCAAAAAAUUAUAUUUAAAUGAUGUUGUUAAAGUUAUACGUAUGAAAAAUAAUAAAAAAAAAUUAUAU